CAUCUGAUACGGUGACACAAGACAUCAGCUGAGAGGAUGAUGCUGCAGCUGAUGACGACGUCACUCGGCUAGUCGCACACGCGUCGAACGUCAACACAACAAACAGGACAACGUACGACACUUUAUUGGAGGAUGGCGUUCGUGAAAAGCGGAUGGCUGCACAGACAAAGCACUAUCUUGCGGCGCUGGAAGAGGAACUGGUUUGACCUCUGGUCAGAUGGACGUCUGGUCUUCUACGAUGACCAGCAGCGGCGGGACAUGGAGGACGAGAUCCACAUGAAGGUGGACUGCAUUAACAUCCGCAAUGCCAGCGCAUGUAGAGAGCUCACGCCUCCUGAAGGCAAAAGCAAAGACUCCCUCCUGCAGAUCGUCUGCCGGGACGGCCGGGUCAUCAGCAUCUGCGCAGACAGUGCAGACGAUGCUUUGGCUUGGACCAUGGCACUCCAGGAUGCCAGACUCAACGCUAUUGUGCCGCCGCCUCAGGUUGGUUUUGCAGAGGACGUCGUAGCAUCAGCUCCUCCCCCCUAUUCUGAAUUAAACACAACUCCUCAGGUUUUCUAUCCUGAUGGAUAUGGGGGUUAUGUUCCUCAUCCUCCGCCUUAUGCCACACAGAUGGUUUACUCCGCAGAUGGCCAGCAGUAUGCAGUUGCCUACCCGUAUCAUUAUCAAGGAGGAUACGCACCUGGUGUCAACCGAGUCAUAGUUCAGGAGCGCCGGCGUGACGACACAGGUGAUGUAGCUCUGGGGAUGCUGGCCGGUGCUGCCACGGGAUUGGCCCUCGGCUCUCUGUUUUCUGUAUUCUAAUGUGUUUUUGUGAACCCAGCCCAACCCCACCUGACCUACAGCAAAAGAAACCCUUCCCAUGUUGUUUUAACUUAGCCUUUAUGCCUCGUAAUGCGCAGGUCUGAUAAUGUAGCCGGGCUGGGUGAAUAUUCAUUUACUUUUCUGUAUUUGUCUUUGUACCAAAGCUUAUUUACUUUUGAUUAGGCACCAACAAAUGCGUUUGCUUUGCAAAUUUAAUCUUUAGCAUACAAAGAGAUACACUAAAAUAUUUGUGGCUGGCCUUAAGAUAAGAAUUAUCAGUUAGGUUUAUAGAUCAGCCACUGUUUAGAAACACAAACUGUGGAUUGUUGAGUCUAAAAAUGGGUCGAUUUUAUACUUGCGAUGCCCGGUUGAGAAAUGACACAGGCCUUGAUGAAAUAAAUGAUAGGCAAGAAGCUUUUCCUGUUAUUUAUAAUUAGAAAUUAAACUUGUUUUUAGUGUCGUUUGCUGCUGCAAAGUCAAAAUUGUGCUGAAUUAAAUAUUUUGUGACACUUUCGGUUAAAAGGAAUAGUUCUCUCAAAAAUAAAAAUUCUUUUUUUUUUUUUUUUGGCAUAAAAUUUCAGUUUUAUUGUAGGGGAAACAGGACACGGAGAUUAUAUAUUUAUGUACACACACAGAAACAUAUGUAUGUUUCAUCAAUUAAAAAAACAACAACACAUUAAUAUAUAUAUGUAUAUGAAUAUUCAUUUGUCUGUUUUGUUUUUAACUGAUGAAUAUAUAUAUAUAUAUAUAUAUAUAUAUAUAUAUAUAUAUAUAUAUAUAUAUAUAUAUAUAUAUAUAUAUAAUCUUGAAAAUAAACCAUGAAUUGUUAUUGCAUGGCAAGCAGCAGCCUGAACAUGUUGUUAAAAAUUGUCUUUAAAAAUAAUGUGAAUUCAAGAAGUUUGAGGGUAAUUAAAUGACAGAAUUUUCAUUUUUGUGCGAAAUAUUCAUUUAAAUCGAAUUCGACGAAAAACCCAUAAUAAUACUGAUGGUGACGAUACAUGAUUAAUACUGUGAUGGAGAUUGUGAUGUAAUUCAGGAAAAUUUAAAAAAUGCGUCCUUAAAUCUACUGCACCUUUUCUAACAGUUUUUUCCUUUCUUUGCCUUUUGUUUGUUUUUGUUUUUUUUGCGGCCUUCAUUUUACUCAUUUUAUUGUGUUUGUUUAUAUUCAGUGUUAUCAAGUAUUUGUCCCUAUUUUUGUGGAGACUUUACACUUUCUUUGAGAUUUAUUUACUUUGAAAAAUGUGAUUGAUUUUAUCUUGAUCUCUGAUUCUGUGUGUGUGUGUCUUUUUUUUGAGAAUUAAUACAAAAUGUAAAAUAUUAUUCACAAUGUUUGUGACGGGAUGUGAUAAGGGAAACUUGAGGAUCGGAUCGAUGUGAUUGCUUACAUAAUUAUAUAAUGAUUUAUUCUUUACUGUACUUUGACUUCGUUGUGUUUACAUAACAGGUAUAAUCAUGAGUGUAUACGUAAUCAUAAUCAUAAUGCACACUAGAAGUAUCAGUGGAUUUCAGGUCUUGGUUUAAAUUAACACGGGUCCUUUGUUUUUAAAUGUUUUGUGAAAUGGACUAGUGAUUCAGAAAAAUGAAAAUUUUCAUCUGACACCUUACUUGAUGCUAAUAUCUAUUUUUUUUUCUCUCUCAAUCGGUUUGCUGUUUGAACCUCAAAAAACUAUUUACAUGUUAAUAUAUACAGUGUGUUAUUUAUAAACUAUUAAAAUAA